GGCAUAAGUACGGGCCUAACCUUUUCUUACUUCAGGAACUGUUUGCAUUUCAUCCAAGAUAGCAUUAAACAACUGGCAUGGAUUAAGUAUUUUUGUUGUUGUUGUGAUCUUUAAAAAUGAGGUGGGAAGACAGUUGAUGUGCAGCCAAGCUGGAGAUGCCAAUAUUCAGGGUCAUAGCAGGUAAAAAGCAAAUAGGGUGCAGGGGGAAACCCACAGGGGAAACCUGUCCUUUGGGAAUGGCCGAAGUCUAGCCAGGUUUGUAAUGUGUCUUUGAAGCGCACUUGCUAUUUUAUUUGGAUUAACUGAAUGGAAAAUGUUGACACUGUCCCUUUUUUUAGCAUCUAAGAGCACAGUUGCUUAGUUGCACUGUCUGCUAAGCGUAAACCACAAUGUCAUGGUAUAAUCACAAUUAGCCUGGGGAUGAGGGUUAUUGUUAUGUCUCAUGGCUUUCAUAACCACGUCUUUAUAACAAUUCAAUAAUGAUGACAUGGGAGACGGCAAUCCGUUAAACUAUUGGCAUCUCAACAUACACAACUCCUAUGAAGCUCUGCGGCAAAAACCCAAUACACAACAGUUAUGGUUAGUCCAUUGCCUGUAGCUAUGGCUGACUGUCUGUCUCUAACCUUCUCCUCAACUAAUCUGCAUGCACCCUGUUAUUCUGAUUAUGUUAUAUAGCAGGAAGAAUACCUAGUAAUAUAUUUAUAUGAGUAAAACUUUGCUUGUGCAGAUCACAAACUCUUUAUUACCUUUGCUGAGGAACCUUUCUUCCUUUAAGAAACUUUAAUACUAAUAGGUUUCCACACUUACUGUAUUUUCCACACAUAUUCACCACAAACCAGUGGUUAUGUGUGACACAUGUUAUGACACUAGAGGGCACCUCUGCAUCACAGAGAAUAGUUCAACUGUGGAAAGCACUGCUUAUUCCUGUGACCAAGAGCAAUAGAGGGUUGGCUCUGACCUCUAAGAGGCCGUCAGUCGUGCCAGCACUGAAGAGACCGUUUCUGGCCAGGGUAGUUAUAAAUGGCUUUAGAAAGUUGAAUAGAGAGGGAGCUACUCCUGUGGGAGAGAAACGAGCCUGCCAUUGACUUCUAUUGAGCAUUGCCAAAUCAGGCAGUUGGCUACCAAGUUUUUCUCCUGCUUUUAACAACAAUGUCUUUUAAAGUAGCCAAUGUCCUCACUUCACAUUUGUCACUUGGUAGAUGGAGAAUUUACGGUUAGGCCAAUCGCUUAUAGCAACAUUUGUAGACAUUGCGUUGUUGCGCGCGCAAUGGUGGGAGCCACCAAUGAAAUCACCAAUGAACUGAAGUCACCUCUUUAUUAAACCAGCCAAUAAAGGCAAUAUAAUCUAUCUAUCAAUUAAAUACCUAAAACAAUUAAAGGCAGCCCAAUUCUUAGCUCUGAAAAAGAUCUGAUGUGAAAAGAUCUGAUGUGAUUGGUCAAAAGACCAAUUAGUGGGAAAAAUAUCAGAAUUGGCCUGCCGGUGUAAAUGCAUCCUAUUUAAACUGUGUAUAGCCAAGUGUUACAGAUUACCAUUGUAAUCUCCAUGUAUUUGGUCUCCAUUUGUUUCCAAACAUAUGAUUUCUGCUCAAUUCGGACCUUUAUGGCACAUGUCCGUGGUAAGCUUGUCCUAUAAUUUCAAGAUCGCUGGUUCAAGUUUACAUGGUUUACCUAUUUGGUUCAAGUUUACAUGGUUUACCUAUUUGGCCCCAUCCCUUUUGUGAUCAACCAUGGAUGGGUUGUUGGCUAUAAGAUCCCAUGAUGAUGGAAGCAGUUUUUGAUGACUGUUGACAUGGCGGGCAUCUGUUUUGCAGGGAGGAACCAGAAAGACAAGACUACUGGAAUUCUUAACAUUUUGGUUAUUAUCAGUAAAAUAAAAUAAAUCACCUACCAAUGGUGCAACCACAGAGCAAGCUCAACUUGCGCGCGCAUCCCUAAUAACUUGAACAAUGCGUUAUGAGUUAACCUGUAAACCAAUAGUUAAUCUUAUCCAAGAGUGCAAAAACAACGGAGUCAAAGUGAUAAAACUGAGGCUUCAAAGUUCUGCACUCAAGCGUCACAUAACAAGCUUUGGCGCUCUUCGAUAAAGGAAUAUUCGGCAUGGAAAUGGAAACAAUAACAAUAUUCGCUAAGAAGCUUUGGUGCAUCAAGAAACAACUUAUUAUUUCCCUCACUCCGCUUAUUCUUCUGCCGUUAAUUUUUGGUCUACCGGAAAAGGAGGGGAAAUGUCUGUACGUGGUGCUGCUAAUGGCUGUGUUCUGGUGCACAGAGGCUCUUCCCUUAGCUGUCACUGCCAUGCUACCUGUUUGCCUCUUUCCAACAAUGGGAAUUCUUCCAUCUAAAAAAGUCUGCCCUCAGUACUUCCUCGAUACCAAUUUUCUCUUUCUCAGUGGUCUUGUGAUGGCAUCAGCUAUCGAGGAAUGGGGUCUGCAUCGCAGAAUAGCUCUGAAAGUUCUUAAGAUUGUUGGAGUCAAACCAGCCUGGUUGAUUUUGGGAAUGAUGAUCACCUCUGCCUUCCUGUCCAUGUGGCUCAGCAACACAGCAACAACGGCCAUGAUGCUUCCCAUUGCUAACGCCAUCCUGGAGAGCCUCUUUGGGGACCUGGCCACUCUGAAAGAGAACUGCAAGGUGAAAGAGGAGACAGAGGGUCAAUCACAAGUAAAGCUGCAUUCACUGCCCUCUGAAAAACAGAUCUUGUCUAUAGACGGAUCUGAUGGGAUGGCGCGGUCAGAUGGGAGGACUGCACAGGAGAUCAGGACAGAGUCAGAGUACCAGAUGAAGGUGUGGAAAGGCUUCCUGAUCUGUAUCCCGUAUGCUGCCAGUAUCGGUGGGACUGCCACCCUGACAGGCACUGCACCAAACCUCAUCCUCAUUGGACAACUUAAGAGUUACUUCCCAGAGUGCGACUUGAUAAAUUUUGGCUCUUGGUUUGCAUUUGCCUUUCCUCUCAUGGUGUUCUUCCUCAUCUUGGCAUGGCUGUGGAUUUCUUUCCUCUACGGGGGCUUGAAUACACGGUUGUGUGUGAAGAAACAGGACGAAAGAGCACAAGCAGAGAAAAAAGCAGAGGCUGUUAUUGAUGAAGACUACAGAAAACUAGGCCCCAUAAAUUUUGCAGAAGGAGCCAUCGCAUUCUUUUUCAUUUUGUUUGCCGUUCUCCUGUUCACAAGAGAUCCCAAAUUUGUAACUGGAUGGUCCACAUUUUUCAACAAAGGGUAUGUGUCAGAUGCGACCACAGGAGUGAUCAUUGUGUCAAUCCUAUUUUUCUUCCCUUCCCAGAAGCCCUCUCUUAGCUGGUGGUUUGAUUCUAGAGCAUCAAAUACUCCAUAUGUUCCUCUCCUAUCAUGGAAGAAAGCACAGGAAUGUGUCCCAUGGAAUAUCAUUCUGUUGCUGGGUGGAGGCUUUGCCAUGGCCAAGGGAUGUGAGGAGUCAGGACUGGCGGCGUGGAUAGGAGCCUACCUCCAGCCUAUUGCCCAGGUCCCCCCUGCUGUGGCCGUCAUGUUCAUCACAGCUUUCCUGGCCUGUUUCACAGAGUUUGCCAGCAACACCGCCACCAUUAUCAUAUUCCUGCCCGUCAUCGCUGAACUGGCUAUGUUUAUCAAGGUGAACCCUCUUUACUUUAUGAUACCUGCGACAACAGGAUGUUCAUUUGCCUUCAUGUUGCCAGUCUCCACCCCUCCCAACUCCAUUGCCUUUGCAUCUGGCCAUCUUUUGGUGAAGGACAUGGUGAAAACAGGCUUUGUGAUGAACAUUUUGGGCAUUUUAUCGGUUUCUCUGGCCAUGAACACUUGGGGUCGUGCCAUGUUCAGUUUGGAGACUUAUCCAGACUGGGCUCAUCCAAGCAACAUGUCCAGUACUGUCACAGAUAUACAGUUCCCCUCCGACUCACCUUUUAACCUUACUAGUUUACCAUAGAGCUGAAGCUUAUCCGGUACAAUUAUUACACUGUAUUAUACAGUAAAUACGAGAUCAUAAUUUCUGAAUAUGUACAAAAGUCAAUAACUAUAGACUUGGGGAGAAUUAGCUGUUACUUUAAGUAAUUUAGCCUAUGGUGUGAUGGCUAUACCAUGUUGCUAAGGUAUUGUACUUUUCGAUCGGUCUACUGUAUAUGAGUUUAGAUUUUUUUUAAACUGUUUAUAUUUUGUUCAGGCUCUCAUUGUGCUCUACUUACUCUGUCAUGUAGAUUAUACCAAGUUCUAUCAGCUAAUUUUCUUGUUUGUCAGGAACACCUGCUCUCCCCAGAUGUGUCCAGUGUUUUGCUUUGAUUUGUUUUAGGUUCCAUGCCAUGUUUCCAUUGGAAGUUCAUUUGUUUGGGCAGGGCAGGGGGGCGACAGAAUAGACAGUGUUGGUCUGUCUGUUGUUUCAUUCUCUUCCACAGUUAUACAACAAGUCAUGUCGGACAUAGUUUUUGUCCAGACACCGGUGAUGUCUGUCUCAUCUGUCGCGAUGCUUGCAUCUUAGUGACCUCUGCUGGUCAUUGUGCCACUAUGCACUGUUCACUGUGUGUGUCUCAUACUGUACCUCACUGUAACAUUCCCUGGAUAGUGUUUGUGGUGGUAAUCCUUAUUGAUUAGUGUGUUAGCAAGAAAAUGAACACUCAUCCUCCAAGUCCUCCACCUACUGGUAAAUGACACUUUAACUCAAUCCUCCAUUGAUCUUUAGUUGUAUAAGCUGUGACUGUCUUGAUGCACAACAGGAGUUUGUGAGUUAUUCAUAAAAUAUACUUACCUAGCCCAUGGGGUCACUGGCUGCACAUGUUUUAACAUAUGUUUGUAAUUGACACACAGAAGGUCAUUUCUAAUUUUUCUCAUGUCUUUUAAAACCAGAAAUCAUGAUUUUCUGAUCUUAUUUUAUUUGAAAUAAUCAUUAGAAAUGUGGUGUGGAAAUCGAAAUAAGUAUUUUCUACCAUAGUUUGUAUUUAGUGUAAUACAUUUAGCUUUAUUGAUGCAAAUUUUGUAGAUUUGUUAUUUUCUUAAUACUUAUCUUGUUACCAAAUAAAACAGAACGGCAAAUGA